AUGUCGCAAGAUCAAGAAAUCGAAGCACUUCACGACAUCAACAAACGACUCCUGAAGGAUCAAUCAUCAAGUCUUCCAGCAAUCACUUUGGCAGAUGGAACGAAGAUUCAGACUGGCACUGUUGGUGCAUUGAUUCAGAACAUCAAGCUUUACGAUCGUGUCUGCGCUGGCGAAGAAAUUGAAGGUCUCACGAAAGACCAACUUGAACAAUUCUUGACAACACCCAUCCCCACUCUACACAAAUCCGGACUUCUCGACAUUUUCCCACCCGACGAAUGGAUUGCAGGAGGCUCAAGCGAAGGAAGGAAAUUCGUUGGCAGAAAAGCGAAAGAGCAAGGCUAUUGA